CUGAAAUUUAUAUUUAUUCAACGGGCUGCAAAUUUGAACAAUAUAAAAGAGCGCCUAUUCCUUUGCUAUGUGCUUUUUAUUCGUGGCUUAUGUUACUUUUAUAUUCAAUGGAUUGUCAACUGAGGGAUCAACACCGUCACCUUGGCAGUCUCUGGAGUUCAUCAUUCCACAUCAAUCCUCAAAUCUUGGAAAUUUUUGUCUUUCACUAGAAAAAUCGUUUUGUCUCCUGGGUUUCCACUACCGUACGCGCAGAGGACGAGCGUUUAAUGCUAGAAUUUCCCGGAUGGAGGCUGCGAGAUUCAACAUCAUGAUUAACCCAAUUUACCAAAGACUUCACUUUUUCAAUUUCGCCGACAACAACUUCGGUGGUUGUUGUGGGUUCCAAGUGAAACAGUAUGUGGAUGAGGGAAUGAGCAAGGGGCUGACAGCCCAGGAAUACUACAACAAGCUCACAGAUUUUGCUAUCACUCCCCUCAAACCACUCAACUGGAUUAAAGCUAAAUUUGAGGAAGGACUGUGCAUGAAUGUCAUCAUACAGGUUGGAUUUGGCGAGGGAGAUCUGAGAUUCGGAGGCAGCUUUUCGGACCAUUUUGACUUCGCACUUCCAUACAAAUACGGACGGCAAAGGCUGACAGUUUCUCUCCAACAACUUCAGCAGAAUCUGAUCACAUUUCAGUGGUUCAAAAGCCACUACAUAUGCAGAGAUCAACCGUGGUUAUGUCAAGAUAUUAACUUCUUCGGAUACAGAAAGUUAUGGGAAGUUGAUAAUCCAGUAAAUCAAACGAUUAGCCUGGGUCGCAUACGAGACUGGGAGCCAAACAGAAACAACACAAAAUGCUUCUGAUUCGUAUAAACCGACACAACGUUUGGCGUUAUCAUUGUGCUGCAGAAAUAUUUAAAUA